CCUCAGCCUGUUAAAGCUGCAGCUGGCUGGGGGAGUGGGCACUGGCUGUCCUGGGCGGCUUCACUUGCCCUCAGUGAGCUGUUUCCGGCAGUGUCCCGGUUGCCUAGCGAUAGGCCUGCUGAUCCACCUCCUCCACAGACUGCUGUACACAGAGCACCCCGGGGUAAGUGAGCCGGGAGGGAGGGGGUCAGUGACCGGGUACCCCUGCUGGCCAGUGCUGCUGGGAGUUGGGCUCCAUCUGGGGAGAGAGAGGGGGAGGCUGAUGACAUCACGACGUUACAGGGAGCUGGGGUGCGUGACGUCAUAGGUUAGGGUCCUGGGGGAGGGGGGAGGGGGGCAGGUUGGGGUUAUUGGGCUGGGUAAUGAGGGGCAUGCAGGUUCGAGUUUAAUGAAAGUCCCUGAGCUUUCCACUUUACUUGCUGUUUGUUAGGAGCCAUCAGUGUGACCUGCAGACCCCAAGGGGAAUCCUGUGUGAUUAUACAAGGAGCAGGCUGCUCUCUGUGUGUGUGGAUCACAACUCUCAGGAUCCUCGGCCAGCCUCAGGCCAGCUUAUGGCUUUGCAGAUGGGAAUUGCACUUAGCUGGCUGAGCCUCAUGGGACAUGCAGUCCACAGCAUAAAGUGAGGCUCAUGAUGGGACAUGCAGUCCACAGCAUAAAGUGAGGCUCAUGAUGGGACAUGCAGUCCACUGCAUAAAGUGAGGCUCAUGAUGGGACAUGCAGUCCACAGCAUAAAGUGAGGCUCAUGAUGGGACAUGCAGUCCACUGCAUAAAGAGAGAGUCAUGGGACAUGCAGUCCCCAGCAUGCCAUAAACUGCAAGGGUUAAUAAUGAAUGAUGCUGACUUGGGAGGAAAGUUUAUGGGAAGGAGGUUCAUUUUGGGCCAAAAGCAAAGAAGUGCAAAUGCUGUCUUUUAUGAAAUGUGGAUGCCUACAAAUAAGCCAUUCUCAGACAGCGGUGCGCACACACAUAUAGGCAUCAAUAAACAGGGUGCCAGAGUGAGUGCAAUAUCUUCUAGUUCCUAUCUUAUUAUAUUGGAUGCCAGUGUUGUGCUGCAGAGAAAACAGAUUAUGGAGCUUGAGCCCCUUUGACCUGCAGAGCCUCAAGUGAGUCUGAUUUACAGUUUAAUGGACCUAAUUACAAAGUAUUUGGGGACAUUUCUUUGUAAAUUAUGGGCCAAAACAACCAAACUGAGCAAAAAAACAAAACCUUAUUAUUCCGACCUAAAAUUGAAAAUUUAUUCAUCACUUCCCCAUUCUUUCUGGUUUAUUGACUUCCAUAGUGCGUGUUUAGUCUAAGCUCUCCCAUGCUUUAAUGUAUAACUAUUUUACUAAUCUAAGCAUCCUUAUCAACUUUAUGUGUUCUAUAAACACCUCUUGGGUAUAUAUCUCCUUACUUUUUCACCCCACAGACCUCAUUCAUUAAUAGCUCCUUGUCGUUAUCUGCAUACUCCAUUCCUUCCUUUAAACUCUCCUAAAAAAAAAAAAAAAGCAUUUUGGAAACCAGAGCUGGAUAAGACGUCUGUUUUACAGAUCGGUGUUGGUGCUUUGUAAAUAACAAUACCCUACAUCAGACAUAGGCAAUCUUGGCACUGCAGAUGUUUUGGACUACACCUCCCAUGAUGCUUUGCCAGCAUUAUGCGUGUAAGAGCAUUAUGGUGGAUGUAGUCCACAUCUGGAGUGCCGAAGGUUACCUAUCCCUGCUCUACAUCAAGCAUGUCAAACUCCAAGGCUAACACGAGCCAAAUAAACAAGGUUUAAGUCUGUGGGCCGCAACAAAAUAAAUAAAUAUAAAAAAAAGGAGUUUGACCGAGACCAACACAAACUAAAAAUUACUUCUAUCAUUCUCAUGCAAACAAUCUGUAAAUCAAUAUCCCAAGAAGUGUAUAGAGUGAAAUAACUAGCCGUGCACGGCUACUCCUUUUACCUCUAAAGAUAAAUAUUCUGGGGUCAUCCAAUAGCAAUGCUAAAAUAAAGCAGUAUCUGGACUUUAUUGUGCUAGCUUAUUAUAGCAUAAUAACACACACUAAAGGGAUGGUAACCCUGUGAAAAUAAAAAUGAAACCAGUUUGGAGAGGGUUAAAUUAUACAAUUUGAAAGUAUAAAUCCAUAGGGAAAAGUUUCCCAUCCAGGUAAGUAAAUAUACAUUUUUCACCCACUUGAUACAAUCUGAGACAAGUAUCUAGUGUGUUUUGUUACAGUUUAACCCCUUAAGGACACAUGACCUGUGUGACAUGUCACGAUUCCCUUUUAUUCCAGAAGUUUGGUCCUUAAGGGGUUAAUCUAACUUUCUAGAUGAGUCAGUCCUAAGUUAGUGGGAAACAGUAGAUGUAUAAGUACAUGCCUCUCUCCCUGGUAAACUGGCACAGUGGGUAAAGGAGUCAAGAAAAUGUAGAUAAAAUAGUGGUUAGUGAAUCAUGUCUAUAUAUAAAGUAUAGACAUCACCAAGUGCAUAGUAAUGUGCCUUGAAAAAACAGACGCCCGACGAGCAUUUCGGUGCACUGCCGUAUGCACCCUGACCUGUAGUGUAUUACAUUUGGGAGGCAAUGUAUUAAAUACUUUAGUUUCUUUGUACUCGUUGGCACUUAACUAUUUAUUCUUUUCCAGGUCACACUUCCCUACAUUUAGUGGGCUAAGUGGGUAUUGUGCGCACAUUUAGAGUUUAAUAUAGGGUUAAGCCCUCAGGACACCCCUGGAGUGUACAAGUCUCAGAGACUUUUUUCCCCCGAUACCUGAUUUAUUAUUUUCUUAUGAUUAAACACUUCCCUCGUUUGUUUUCCUGUUGCAUAAUGCCCAGUGAUAUUUAAUGACCUUUGUCAGAAUCCCUAAAGUCCCUAUGCCACUAGGGAAUGCCCUGUUUAUUUACCAUUUGCAGCUCUAUAUAUGCUCCAAUAAUUGUUCAUACUAUAUAAAUAGAUAGACCUUGCAUUUUGAUAUAGAAUCUUUAAAGGGUUGGCUUUUGUUUGGUUUUCAUUAUGGCAUGAUUACAUAAUUUGUCUUUAAGGGAGUACUUCAGUCUCCAUAACCAUUGUUGCUGGUUGUAGUAGUUAUGGUGCUCAGAGUGCACUGGUGCCACCUUAAUAUAAUUAUAAUAUUUCUACCAGUUGAUAGAGAUAUAUCUAUCGCUCUCUCUCUCUCGCACUUCUGUACAACUUGUUUUUUAUUCAUUUUAUUUUUUUAUUUGCGAAUCCUCUAUGCAUUCAUUGUUCGUUAACAGACCCGAGGCUUUUCACAUCCUGUUUUUCUCCUUCCAACCACCAGAGGUGUGGAGUAGCAUUAUUUAAAGAAACACUCUACGCACAUAAAGCCCUUCAGCUUGUUGAAGUGCUUUAUGUUUCUGCAGUCUGUAAUAUUUGUGACAGUUUAUAAAAGUGCCGAUUAUAAAUAGAAAUCUAUACUUUUAUGGCUAUCACUAAUGCUAAUGGCGGCAGCAGCAGGUGCGCAUAGGAAAGCCACAAUUGUGUUUUACUUAUGGCUCAUGCACAGAGGCUUCUCAAUUAGGAAUAUUUCCUGGAAGGGACAGAAAUUCAGUUACUUGCAAGCCCUUUUUAAAAAAUUUAUUUAUUAAUUUUUCCAUAUACCGCCAAAAUGUAGACAAAAAUGCAUAUAUGAGUUUAUUUUGUCCAACUUGUGCAUGCAGCAUGCAUACUUUGGGCUGAUCUCUCUCCUCCCAGGCCACUGAUCAUAGCUAUGCUAAUAGCUACAACACAUUGCCCAGUUUAAUAAAUGGUUAACCCAGCUAUGUAUAAGCAGGUAGCAUCCCUUGUAUGGCUGCUAUCCAUUUUUAAAGCCACUCCAAUCAGUUUGUGAUGAGUGAAACCGUUCCUCUGGUAUUAGCUUCUUAUCCUAUAAACUACUGUUGGGUCAUGUUCCUUCACUUCCUCUUAAAUGGAUGAAGGUAGUGGACCUAGACUACAAUGCUUCUCUGGUCAUGAAGAAAUCCUAAAUCAUUGUUUAUGUACGAGGGAUUAUCAGAUAUUUGGUUAUUGCUGGGGUGCCUUGGAGUGUAAUUUCACAGCAAUACCGGAAAUCCUUUUCCCAUCUCAUACAUAUAAGUGCUGAGCUAGUAACAGUUUUCUCAUCAAACGGCUGUAUGGAUGAAACCUCUUGCAUACAGAAUUGAGAUGCCUUAAGAGUUCUAAAAAUAGAAUCCUACAAGAAUGUGUCUUCCUAUUUAUACUUCCCUUUUUUUACAUUUAUUUUUUAUUUUUAUUUUGUUUGGACCAAUAUAUUAAAUAUUUCUUGAGCUGGCAUGGGCUACUUUACCUUGGCAGAGAUUUGGAUAAACCUGGACAAUUAUUCACUCACCUAAUUUCUCUUCCUCCUGAUCCUGCCAGGCCAUAUCAGUUCUCACCAAAGGUGUGCAAUAAAUUCAUGGGAGAGGGUAAUUAAACAAUUUGGGUAAGAUAUAAGGUGACAGUAUGAGGAAGUGACACUUUGUAGAUGUCUUGUUUUUACCCAGAACGCAUGUGAUGACCACACUGUUUGACACUCGCUACUAUGCUGCAGACUGCCUUGGCAUUGUAAUCUUUAGAGUGGCUGUGCAUCAUGGGAAAUGUAGUUGGCAAGGAUCUUAAUUCCUUGAUUAUCCAUUAUAGUCACCCAUCAUUCAUUUGCUUAUUUUACUUUCGGUCAUUGUAUAAGAAAGAAAACAGAUCUGUAGGUUGCUAUAGAGUAUUUAUUUAUAUCCACUGUAGUUGAUUUCUACAUCUUUGCAGAAUGAUUAGUUGUUUAUUUUAAAUGCCGGAUGUUCAUAAAGCUUUCAAAGCAAAGUGGGAGUGAUGGUCUAGAACAGUUUACGUUUAUUUAGAUAUAAAUAGAGCUACCAUUUGACUGAUGUCACUUCCUUGCAUUUAAUUGAACUUCCAUUGGGUGUUUUUUUUUUUUUUCAUUGCUACAAAUUAAGUAACUAAACUGAUUGAUGGUGACACAUAUGCUGAAUCUAUAAUUUUGUUUGUUUUAUUAACAUAUACUUUUUUUUUUUUUCCAAUUUUGAUUGCAUAUUGUUUUGUUUUUUUUGUCCUUUUUAGUAAAAAGGAGAAAUGAGUGGGCCCAACAGGGAAGCCGGUCAAGGCAAAGAAGAGCGGAAAAAGACAGGUGGCGGAGUGAUCAAUAGGUUGAAGGCUCGGCGCGUUCAAGGAAGAGAAGGAAGUGCCUCCAGUCAGAGUGUCAUGGCUCCCGUUACUGAGCAAGAGCUCCGGGGCUUAAAUGAACUUCGACCAGAACAUAUCUUAGGCCUGAGUAGAGUUACAGAGCGUAAGUCUACGUAAUGGGUGGAGACGUGCAAAGCACAACGUCAACAGUGCUCAUGACCCACAACUUUCCAGUGUUUAUGUAUUUUCGCUUUCCAUCUAUGGAGAUACUGGCAAAAACAUGGAUUCUUGCUGGGCCAUAAGACUCCAAUAUUAAAAUACAGUGGUGUGUGUGUGUGUCUUUUUUUUUUAAUUUUAUUUUUUUUGAAAAAAUAAAUAUUAGCUACAUAAGGCAGAAAGUGGUGUGUGUGUGUGUGUGUGUGUUUUUUUUUUUUUUUAAAUUAAUGUUCUCUUCUUCUCCCCAGAGUAUUUAUGCAAGCCUGAAGAUAACAUAUAUGGGAUUGACUUUACUCGCUUUAAAAUCCGAGACCUUGACACUGGCAGUAUACUCUUUGAAAUCUCCAAACCAUGCUCGGGUAUGUAUCUAUCUGAGAAUGCUUUUCAAACUGCUGUUGUGUGCUAUUUCCAGCCAUCUUUAGACAUGCAUAGUGGAAGAUUUAGCCAAGAAAGGAUCUAUGACCGAGAUAACAAACUGAUCCUUGAUGCCUUUACUACCAAACAUGUUCAUACCUCAAAAUAGUAAAUACAUUUUGACACACUUAUAAAUUAAUUUUGAUGUAACUUUAGUAUAGACUAGGUAUAUCGGUGCUGUGACCAUCUGUUCCCCAGCUGAAUACAGAGACUAGCUCUUUCACUGGCAUUGGGCUGGAGUUCCUACUUGCACAAGCAGUGCCGAAAGGAGGAUUAUUCACAUCUGCUGUGGCACAAAAACUGAGAUGAAUCAUCGCUCUCUGUUUUGUGUUUUUGGAUGCUGAUAACCCUACACUUGGUGAUACCUUUGUAAAUAGGAUCUCUAGCACAAUGCAGUACAUAGUUAGUCUCUCUGGUUUUGCAUCUGAAGGAGGGGCUAAAGGGGGGUUUGGGGAGAUUGGAGAAUACAGGGAGGUGGUAUGUGCAGAAGAGUAUUGUGUGUGUGUGUGUGUGUGUGUUUUUUGUUUGUUUUGUUUUUUUCUAAUCAAAUAGGUCACAUGGAAACUAGAUUUGUAAAGCAGAAAAUCAAAAUUCAAAAUGUUAUAUAUAGUGAUGUCCCGAACGGUUGGCCGCGGACUCAUCAUUGAGUAAACUUUGACCCUGUAGCUCAUAGUCAGCAGACACAUUCCAGCCAAUCAGCAGCAGACCCUACCACCUCCUGGACAGCUCACUAAGAAUGCAGCUUCACAGUGAAUGUAAAAUGGAUGCUGUCUGGGAGGGAGGGUCUGAGAGACUCCUAGUUAGUCAAAACUUUGCCAACUCCUGCAUCUUAAUAAAGUCUGAUUUAGAUCAUCCAGUUGUGUGCCCUUGAAUUUGUCUUAAGCAUGUAUUGUUAUAAAAUGUCAUUUGCUCCUGACAGGCAACAUACAGAGAAAUUAAACCAUGUUUAUUUUAACUCAUUUGCAAUGUAUACCAGUCCCGUGCCAGAACUGAACUGGAUCAUGAUGUAAUUUUGCUAGAUCUUUAAUAUAGGUUUAAAAGAAACGUAGACCAUCACAUGAAAAGAUUAAUUUAAAUUAUAGUCGAUUUUUUUUUUAUUUUUUUAUUUUUUUUUUAAUUGUGUAAUCUCUCUGUGACAUUCUCACUUGAAAUGAUCUCUCUUAAGACCGUAUGCUACCAUGGAAUAUUGUACUAAUUUGGAAAUGUCAUAUAAACCACCAACAUGAUUAGUAAAUUAAUCAUGGUUUUACUGGCUGUGAUUACGUAUGAGCAGUAUUGGGCAGGUACCUCCAUUUGCACCAAGCUGUGACUAUUCUAACCAAAUGUAGAAGAUAAAGAAAUGUCUACAGGAUUUUUACUGCUCCACUCCUUACUAAACUUCACAGCUUCUCACAAUCACUAAAAGCUAUCAAUAGGACUAUCUUGAUAACAAGGAAUUUGUUCAAACAUUUAGGGGGUUCAAUCAAUCAUUUUUUAGGUAAUCCCUGGAGUAAUUAAAACACAGCAUAUGCUCAAAUAUGGAUACCCCGUUAAUCUCACUUGUGAACUAAUAACUUACAAUUAGGGUUUCUUUUUGCCUUGGUUUAUUUUAUCUAAUAUUAAUUGUAUUUAACUGGCUUCUAAUCAGUUUACAUUACUAUGAGACCUGUGAACAUUUUAUUGACAGCAGAUUAGUAAGGUAUUUGGUAAGUCGAAGAUGUUGGCUGAUCUUUGACCACAUACUAAAUUUAGUUAAAAUGGGUAGUCCAUAAAUCAGGAUGUAGCUAAAAUGUCUCACUCUACUGUCACAUUUACAGAACAAGAAGAGGAAGAUGAUGAGAGUGGACAGUUAGAUGCCAGUGCUGGACGUUUUGUACGUUACCAGUUUACGCCAGCUUUUCUUAGACUACGCAGAGUUGGUGCAACGUGAGUAACUUUGUGUGGUGGAAUGAGCAUAGAGAUCCUGGUUGACACUUGUGCUGUGGGUCCUGGAAGAAUGACCGUGGAGGUUUGGGUAGGACAUUGUAGAGUAGGAUUAUGAUAGUGUGGACAUGGCAAUCCUGGCAAUUCCGUUUCAGAUCAACAUGAGCAAAGCUGUCCAUUGUAGUAUGAGGACCUUGUAGGUCGAGCAGGGAGAUUAUGACCAUGGAUUUGGGAACUGAGAUUUGGGUGUCCAUGCAUUUUGAUCGGCAAUUGCACUAUGCCCCUUCUGCUGAAAUUGUAUUGUUCAACUUCCAAAAAGGCAAGCAUGAAGUAAUUUGCCUAAUUUUCCAUAAUGAAUUUUACAGGGAUGUCUUGGGUUACUUACUGAUUCCUCUUUGGCAUCUAUCAACUAAACACCUAACAUGCGAAAGCAAAUUGGGAAUAUUUUUUUUUUCUACACUCUAUUCUUUAUCAAUCAGUUGUAAAAUUCCUCUUAUGGUAAUCUAUUUUCAUAAGAAUAAAAAAACACCCCACAGAGGAUAAAAGGAAAAAAUAGAAGGCACAAAGUAACAAGUAUUUUAUGGAAGUUGAUUACUAAAUUAAAUUCAGGGUCAUAUGUGUUUGUGGGUUGUUAUUGUGUGCGUUUUUUUUUUAAAUUUUUUUUUUUAUUACUGGGGGGUGUUUUUUCUUUUCUGGUUAAAGGAACACUAUAGGGUCAGGAACACAAAUGUAUUCCUGACCCUAUAGUGUUAAAACCAUCACCUAGCCCUCCUGCCCCUCUAAAUAUAGUAAAAUCUUACUUUCAGUCAAGUCUGCUGCUGCUGGCUCCGGGCCCUGACCUGCCUGCUUGGCUGACAUAAUUAGAAGUGAUUCUGUGAGCCAAUCACAAUGCUUUCCCAUAGGAUUGGCUGAGGGUGUCAAGGAGGCAGAUCAGGGGCAGAGCAAGCAUAAUUCAAACACAGCCCUGGCCAAUCGGCAUCUCGUCAUAGAGAUGCAUCUCUGUGAGGAAUGUUCAGUGUCUCCAUGCAGAGACACUGAACAUUCAGUCACACUAUGCAGCAUUGCCCCAGGAAGCACCUCUUGCAGCCAUCUGAGGAGUGGCCAGAUGAGGUAUCCCUAGGCUGUAAUGUAAACACUGCAUUUUCUCUGGGGAAAAAACCCCAGUAUAUCAUCAAAAAGCAUGAAGGGAAUGAUUCUAUUCACCAGAACAAAUUCAAUAAGCUGUAGUUGUUCUGGUGACUAUAGUGUCUCUUUAAGAUAUCAAGUGGACUUGACUGGAGAAACCUUGUUAUUUUCAAAUAAAUCUUGUUGUUGCAGUGAGAUUAUUUUAAAAUAACUGCUGAAUUGCAGCAAAAUGUCCCUGCUAUAUGGGGGAGAAAAAAGACCCUGGUAAUGUAAUAGUUUGAGGUGAUUUAGAGUUGGGCUAUGUUUAUAGUGUUUAUGGAGGUUGAGUAUAAUGUUAGGGUGACUUUUGGGUUUGGGGGGGUCUGACGGCUUUGGGAAUUCUCACGGUCUGAAUAGAAACCAGUUGCAGUGCAGCUGCUCGCAAAUAUCCAAAUCAUUUGUUAUAUGUAGAUUCAGCUAAGUAGAAAUGACUAAUAUUUGUACAUUUUUUUUUUUUAUGUAAUAGAUAUAAUAUUUUUUUAUUUUUUUUUAAAUAGCUACAUUGGUUAAAACAACUGAAGUUUAAUGAAUAGACUGUUUUUAAGUCCAGUGCUUGCACCCACUUUGCUCCUUGGUUUUUGCAGCGUGGAGUUCACAGUAGGGGAUAAGCCUUUGAGGAGUUUCCGGAUGAUCGAGAGACAUUUCUUCAGAGAUCGCAUCCUUAAAAGUUUUGAUUUCGACUUUGGAUUUUGCAUCCCCAACAGCAGGAACACAUGUGAACACAUGUAUGAGUUUCCACAACUGUCAGACGACCUGAGUAUGUAUUAUGUUUUUAUUUUUAUUUUUUUAUUAUUUUUUUUUUUAUUUUUUGGGGGGUGGCGGGGAGAAGGUUACGUGGGUGAUCUUACAAUUUAUUGAAACCACAGUGUCUUUCUAGAUGUGCUGGCUUAUACUCAUCUGCACUGUAAUUUAACACUAGGAAGAUAUAGAAUCUGAUUAAAGGACCACUCUAGGCACCCAGACCACUUCAGCUUAAUGAAGUGGUCUGGGUGCCUGGUCCAGCUAGGGUUAACCCAUUUUUAAGCCUUCCCCUAUUUAAGCCCAUUUUUAAGCCUUCCCCUAUUUCCUCUAGUGGCUGUCUCAUUGACAGCCGCUAGAGGCGCUUGCGUGCUUCUCACUGUGAUUUUUCACAGUGAGAGCACGCAAGCGUCCAUAGGAAAGCAUUGAUAAUGCAUUCCUAUGCGACCGGCUGAAUGCGCGUGCAGCUCUUGCUGCGCGUGCGCAUUCAGCCGACGGGGAGGAGAGAAGGAGGAUCGGAGGCAGAGAGCUCCCCGCCCAGCGCUGGAAAAAGGUUUUAACCCCUUUCCCCCUUCCAGAGCCGGACGGGAGGGGGACCCUGAGGGUGGGGGCACCCUCAGGGCAUUAUAGUGCCAGGAAAACGAGUAUGUUUUCCUGGCACUACAGUGGUCCUUUAAAUGUUUACAUUGACAUCUACAGUUUUAAAUGAUUUAAUUCGCCCCAAUGUCUGAAGAUUAUCCUGAUAUUAAUUUAAAAUCAUAUCGUCUUAAUGCAAUAUAGUUGCCUAUAGUCUAAAUAACACAUUUUUGUUUGAGCUGGGUUUUUUUUUGGGGGGGGGGUUGUUUGUUUGCAAAAAGUAUACAGUUGGUAGUUUGGCCAGUAAUGAGGUCAGCACAGAACCACAGUUCUCUCGAGUCCCCUCUGCACUACAUAAAGCAACCACAACCUCUUAUAGGCCUCCAUAGUCUGUCAUAGGUGGUAUCUCUCUGAAAUAAAUGACUCCUUCAGUGACUCUUUCAUUUAAUGAUUAAUAUUCUUAUAAAUAGUGCAUAGACUCUAUUGUACAAGUUGGAAUGAUUACUUGCUCAAUGUUACACCAACUGGAAACAGAUCACAGACUGAUUGCUGUAGCUCACAGGUAGCCAAAUCUAGAUCCCCAGUUGUUGCAGAACGGCAACAAUACUCUGCCAUGCUUAAACAAAGCAUCAUGGGAGGUGUAGCUCCCCUAUCUUUAGCCACCCCAUCUCAGGAGGUUUAUGUUUUGUGUUAUUUUUGCGUUUGUGGUCCAAUGUCUGCUUUAACUGACUUUUUUUAUUUUAUUUAUUUUUGUCUUCCGCAGUCCGUCUAAUGAUUGAAAAUCCAUAUGAGACAAGAUCUGACAGUUUCUACUUUGUGGAUAACAAGUUGAUAAUGCAUAAUAAAGCAGAUUAUGCGUACAAUGGAGGGCAGUGACUCCUCGAAUUUCUCAGACUGUACUCAACGUUACAUUCCCUUAAAGCAGCAGAAGAUACAGAGUCGUGGUACAAGGCCACAACUCUGUCGGCUCUCUGCCCCCAAAGCAUUCUCCUUCAGACCUGUAUUUUCUGAAGUGCUGUAGUCAAAAACCGAAGACUUUGUAUUUACAAAUGUGUUUUUGGUUUUUUUUUUGUUUUUUUUUUUAACAUUCCCUUUACUGUAAUACUUUUUACAGUUCAAACAGUAGUUUCUUGUCCUGAAAUCAUUUAGGACAGGAUUUUUAUUUUUAUUUUAUUUUUUAUGUGACAGUGCCUCUCUUGACAACGGCUGUAUGUCGUCAGCUGUCUGAAAUAUGUGCCUACUUUACCUUAUGACUUCCAUCUGCUGUUUCACAUAACUGCUAGGGGAGAAAAAAAAUAGCAAUCUUUUUGUAGCCUUUUUUUCUUUUUUUUUUUUUUUCUCUUAAUCUACAGAAACCAGGUUACUUAACUCUAUCAUCUUCUACAAACACACAUGUAACCUGUCGAAGAUCACUGUAUAGUCUGCAUGUGCAGUUCUGAUCAACUUCAAUAAUUCCUUUAAAUCUUCCAGGCAGACUAAAAGCAAUAAUUCACUUUCAAAUACUCAGCUGGGUCUCCAUAUGUAGAGUGCGAAAUUCAAGAAGAAAUAAUUUGUAUGCUAAAUGGAACAGCAUGGUCUUCCUUUUUAUCCCAGUGUCCGUAGGCAGUCUGUGUGGACCUACAACCUCUGUGUUUGACCAGUGGUCUGUAACUAGUUUUGCGUCUCCAGUAAUUGUUUCUCUGACGGUUGGAGAUGCUUUAUUGUUUGAAAGAAUCAGAGUGAGAACAUGUUCAUUGUUGGAGUAGAGCACCUAGGGUGAAUAAAAUACGGUAUCGCCAUGAUUCCGAGAAGCCUCUACUUACGGUUCUCCUUAAGCACACCAGUCGUAGAAAUAGCAAUGGAUGCAUUUGCAGGAAAUGGUGUUUAUCCUAGUUAUUCUAUGUUAUUUUUAGGCAUUUAAUUGUCCUCCACAAGGAAUGUUUGAUGUCAGUGAUACACAACCAUUAAUUUGCCAUUGUCUGAAAUGCCUCAUUAAAUGUUACAACUGGCUUAACUUUAUUUUCUGGCGUAGUUCUUAUUAAUUUACAUUUUAUUAAGAGACUCUUUUAGAUCUAGCUGUAAUGCAAUUAUACAUUAUUUAUUACUGACCUAUUUUUAAUGGUGCAUUUUCACGUAUGUGAUAUGUCCAAAUGCACACUUUUUUUCUUAGAUAUAUAUCUAUGUGUGAUCUGUAUCGAUGAGUUAUUAGCAUAUUUAGGAACAGGUUUAUACAAUUCCCUGACUCUGGCAGUCCUCGCAUAUCCAUGUACUCACACUGGUUCCAUAAGUAACUUCUACCAAGAAGUGUCCCUAGCAGCGCAGUGUGAGCACAUCAUUAGAUUACC